AUGGACUUGGAUGCCUUCCGCAAGUCCCUUCGUGUCGCUCUUGAACCGUACAGUACACGAGGUGAUCUUUCUCGAAGCACUAUUGAGAGACUGUUGCGAGGCUUCAUUGAGGAGAGCUUGCAUGGCCGUUUGAAUGACGUGAUUCAGGAGCUGGAGCAUCGACCGGGCUGCAUUAGCUUGAAUGCCUUUAUUGAAUGGGUCUGUUCGUCACCGGGUCAGGGGAGCACUUCAAGCAGCCUACAACUUCCAGCAGCUCUUGGAAGAUCGACGUCAAGCUCAAAAGACAAAUUUCAGCAUGCGAGAAGCACACUCAAGAAGGUGCAAUGUUUCCGCACGAAGGAGCAGUCUAUGCUACUGGGUGUCAGCAUCAAGUUUCUUGCCAGCGACUUCUUGGCCGAGGUGGAAGAGCACUUUGGGAACGGAUCUGAUCCCAACUACCAUGAGAUCAACCCAGUGAUGCUUCAUGGGCCCAAAGCUCGAGGUUUUGGACUCCAAUGCCCCAGAGACAGAGGGUUUGGAACCAGCUAUGUGGAUGCCUUGGAUGAGAUCCACACGGGCCCUGCCACAGUAAUGCUCUCCUGGGUCUGGAAAUACUCAGUUCGGACUGUGGUGACUGCCUUGGUGCGGUGGUGUGCGCGAACUUCACGGGACCCGCCAUUCACCUAUGUGUGGCAAUGCGCUUUGUGCAACAAUCAAUUCAGAGUGGCAGAAAAGCGUGCAAGAAAUGAGAAUGAGGACUUUGAUACCUUUCGCACAGUUUUUGAAGAGAGGGUUCACUGCACUGGCCACAUUUUGGCCUUGCUUUCACCCUGGCACGGCCCAAUGUACACAACACGGAUCUGGUGCGUCUUCGAGCUUUGGGUUGCCUGCCAAAAUCAAGAUGUGAAGCUAGAGGUGAUCCUCUCGGAGCAAGCUGAAAAGGAGUUUCAUCGCGCUUUGUCAGCAGAUGGAGUGGUGAGUGUCUGGAAGGCUUUUGGUAACGUGCAAAUCCAAAAGGCAAAGGCUUCUGUGCCAGCAGACCGGUCAAACAUCAUGCGGCUCGUGGAACCGAAUAUGACAAUCGAUGACUGCAAUUCUUCGGACAGAGUGAACAAGUUGAAUCAGGUGGUGGUACAGCGCUUGCAGGCUUGGUGUACUGAGGCGGCUGCCCAAUUUGCAGAAAGCUGCUUGGAGGACAAUGUGGCUGUGCAACCAAAGGCUUGUGCCAAUACAGCCUGGCUGUUGAUGGAGGCGAAUGACUGGCAUAGAGCCAUGGCACUUUUGGUGCAAGGUCGCCAGGCAUUAAGUCGCCUCGGAAAAACGGGGUCUUUGGAAGAGCCUUGUUUAUGA